AUGGUCGCUACACGUCGCGGUGCCAAACAUGCCCCAGAGGUCGCACCUGCACCCUCCAGCACACUCAAUGCCCCUCCCAAGCGCGGUGGAAAGAAGAAGGCAGCCGCCGAGGAAGCCGAUGCGCCUGCGCCUGUCGCCACCAAACCCACAAAGACUACAGCUGCGAAGCGCAAGACCAAGGCUGAGCCUGAACAUGUCGAGCCGGCCGUGGUCAAGAAGACUGUUGCGACAAAGGCGACGCGCACUGUAAAAGUUCAGACGAAAGCAGAACCCGCACCUGUUGCGCCGAAGCGGGCCACACGCGGUCGCAAGGCCGACGAGCCUGCUGUAGAAGAACCCGAGGUUGUGGAAGAGGCACCCAAGCCAGCAGCUACUCGCAUGCGCAAGAUUGCCGCGACAAAGAAGGCGCCUGCACCCAAGGUCGCUGAGCCAGCCGUCGAGGCCGUCACCGAGGAGCCAGUCAUCGCCGAAGAGCCCGAAGCUGUCGAGGAGGCACCCAAGCCUACGCGCAAAGCACCUGCGAAAAAGGCCACCGUCACCAAGACUGCUACCAAGAAAGCCGCGCCUCCCGCCGUUCAAAACACUAUUGUUGUCGAGCCAGCGAAGCCAGCGCCUCGUGCGAGCAAGCCCGCAGUACCCAAGGCAUCUGAAGCAGCACCCAUCGCUGCGGCAAGAGCUACCCGUGGUCGCAAUGCACCUGUCGUCUCACAAGAGUCACCGCUCAAGGCCCCAGCCCGGAAGCCAGCGAAGAAGGUUGAUGCCACUCCUGUCGCAAAAGCCGAGCCUGAGCAAGUCGAGGAGCCCUUUGCAGAAUACCCUACGUACCCAACUACACCUUCACAUAUUGCUGCGCCAAUAAGCUCACAAGCGGCCAUGGCUGAGCUCCCCAACUACCCCAGCACACCAUCACAUAUCGUUGCGCCAAUGUCCUCAGGGGAAGCACUGGCUGAGCUUCCCAGUUAUCCCAACACACCCACACACAUUGUUGCGCCGAUUUCAUCACGGGAGGCUUUGGCUGAAAUGCCCGAUUACCCUAAGACACCUGCGCACAUCAAGGCCCCCAUCUCAAGCAUCGAAGCCAUUGCCGAGAUGCCCGAUUACCCCAAGACACCUGCUCACAUCAAGGCCCCCAUCUCAAACAUGGAAGCCAUAGCUGAGAUGCCCGACUAUCCGAAGACGCCCGCGCAUAUCCAGGCAGUCGCCGCUCCAAUUACGGAGUCAGUGAGCCCCCAGGAUGUGGAGAUGUCUACCAUCGAGGAAGAAGAGCCCACUAAGGACGUUCCGGCUCCUGUUGAGGUCUCUGUCACACCUACUGCAAAGUCGCCGGUAGCUGUCCAGGCUACACCUUACGACCCAGAAACUAUUGAGGAAGAGGAGACUACCGAGCUCUUGGGUACUCCCCCGGCCCAGAUCGUCUGGGGCGUCACCGACCAGGAAGCGUUCGAAGAGCUUCCCGAGGAGUACCCAAGUACCCCAACCCACAUCGCUGCUCCCGUCAGCUCCAAGGCAGCAUUGGCUGAGCUUCCUGGUUACCCAAAGACCCCAGCUUACAUCAAUGCCCCCAUCACUCCCCGUCGCGCUCUUACUGAGUUACCUAACUACCCCACUACACCAAGUCUGGCUCUUGAGGCUGCCAUCCAGGAAGAGAUCACCGCAUCGGUCAAGAAGCAAACACCAUCGCCUAGGAGGUUCCUCGGCUUUGAGGAAACUAGCGAGAUUGUCGACAUUAGCGAAGUCACGGAGGUCAGCGAGUUUACCGAGGUUGCCGAAGCGGCGGUUGUAGAGGCUCCUGUGCAUGAAACGAAGCCGGUCAUGCAAUUGGCACCAUUCAAGCUCGCCCCCUCUUUCUCUGCUCCCGAGCCUGUGUCACCUAAGAAGUCUGCUCUCCGAUCGCCUCAAAAGGCCAUGGACACGAAGACACCAAAGAAGUCCGUCGCUUGGACCGAUGUCCAAGCCGAGGAGAGCGACCUUUUCCUCACUGAGGGUAUCCUCCAGGGUAUGGUCUUCUACGUCGAUGUCACACGCAACGGCAGGGAGCAAAACUUCCUAUUCCGCGGUCUACUCGAGGAUCUCGGUGCCAAGGUAGUCCAGGACAUCUCGCACCCAUCCCUGAGCCACGUCCUCUACAAGGACGGAAGCAUCUCAACCCUUGAGAAAUGCCUUGCAAGCAAGGGUGCCAUCAAAUGCGUCAACGUCGGUUGGGUUCUAGACAGUGAAGUGCAAAAGAAGCGUAUGGAUGAGAAGUCCUACCUGGUCGAUCUCUCCAUCGCCAAACCUGCCUCUCCCCUUCCGACCACCACAAUGAAGCCCUUCACCCCCGCCAAAACCCCCUCGCGCUACGCCCUGCCUCCCUCUUCGCAAUGUAAAAUCCCCAGCACACCCACCAGCUCCGAAUUCGACCGCUCCUUUGACGACGACAAGGAAAACUGCGACGUUGGCCCCUUUUUCGACAACGAUAGAAGUCCCCUUGCCCCCCGCACCGUUCCAAACAAGAAGUCGACCUCGUUUUUGUUCGCCAGAUCCGCAAUUAAAACGCCCUCGAAGCCGCUGUUUCUCAAUGCCACCACGCCAUCGAAACCGAUAUUUUCGGCGGUGAAACCCGUGAUGCAUGCGUAUACUACGGCGAAGAAGAGGCCGGCGGAGGCGUCGAGUUCGUUCUUUAACAGUGCGCUUGGGCCGCCGAAGAAGUUGAGGCUUUUUUAG